AUGGCUAUUACUGAAACCGUCAUGCACAAGUUACAGUUUGCUCGUGGCAUCGGUCAACGAGAGAUGCUCCGCGCCAACACAUUACCAUCAAUCACUCGAGCAAAGGUCGGUUGCUUCGCGAGACUCCGAAUCUAUGAAGAAAAUGCUCGAUUCGUGCUCAUUUGCAUAAUUCUGAUUUUAUAUUUGGCAUUCGGAGCUGUUCUAUUUCAUUGGCUCGAAUGGGAUAACGAGGUGGAUGAACGGAAAGCGAUAGACAAACGAAUGGAAGAAUACAGACAGGAUUACUGUAAAAAUAAACCAGAAAACGAUUGUGAUUUCGAUGAAAUGGUCAGAUUUAUAGCUGAAGGAGCGACAAGUGGACUUUUGAAUUCACGUCCGAGAUUCGACUAUCUCGGAUCAUUGUUCUUCUCAGCCACAGUCAUCUCAACAAUCGGUUUCGGAACAUCUACACCUAGAACUCAGCUUGGAAGAUUUAUCACAAUUAUAUACGGAGUCGUUGGAUGCACCUGCUGUGUGUUGUUCUUUAAUCUCUUCUUGGAGAGGCUGGUGACCGGAAUGUCGUACAUCUUAAGAAGUUUUCGAGAGCGCAAAAUCCGAUUGAGGCUCAAGGAACCAGGGAACAAACCGGUCACUCUUCUCAUCAAUAACGAAGACUUCAAUGAAUCUUCAAGCUCGUGCGAAGGACAUUUGGAUAGCUGGAGACCAUCCGUCUACAAAGUUUUCUUCAUUCUUUUCUCCUGCUGCUUGAUUUUGCUCACCGUAUCCGCUGGUUUCUACAUGGCUUUCGAAGAAUGGGUCUACGUCGAUUCCCUUUAUUUCUGCUUUAUCAGUUUUGCCACAAUCGGCUUUGGCGAUUAUGUGUCGAAUCAACAGGAUAUGAACCGGAAGUACCCAGAGCUAUACAGAUUUCUCAACUUCUGUCUUCUGACUUUGGGUGCUUGCUUCUUCUAUUGUUUAUCAAAUGUAUCAUCAAUUGUCGUUCGACAACUCUUGAAUUGGAUGAUCAAGAAGAUGGAUAUCAAAGUAGAAGAUCGAUCAUUCUUAUGCUUCAAGAAGAAGAGAAGAUACAUGGGUCUCGGUCUUCGUCCACCAAAAGGAUACGACAUGACAUCGGAAAGGUCGUCGGUGGAUUACGCAGACGGGUUGCUGUCGCUGAAAGAGUUUUUGAUGAACAAUCAGAGCUCAAUGAUCAUGCUCCAGAAACAAUUGAUUAAAAGUGCGAUGAAGAAUGUUGUUGAGAAUGAGGAACAGAAGAUAUCAGCAACAAGAGUUGGGCCAAUGGGAAUUCUGGAUGAAGCAUUUGGAGACGAGCCUUGA